AUGUUGGAAAGCCACACUUCGCCGGGACGCUAUAAAAGCAACUUAGGACGAUUUCUAUUCGAAGAUUUCAUUUCUGCACGUCGCGAUUUUCUUGUAUUCCUUACCGCGAUUAGAGGAUGUGCAAUUGAUUCUUUUUCACUUUCUUCCUUCGAUAGGAAGAAACUAACAGGGCCUUUCUCUUUCUCUUUUUUUAUUCUUAUAACACAGAGAGUUAUUUAUUUACCUUCUUUUUCACUUUCUUCCUUUUCUUACUACGAUAGCAAGAAACCAAAUGGGCGUCUCUAUUCAUUUCUAUCUAUCUAUCUUUCUAUCUAUCUAUCUAUCUAUCUAUCUAUCUAUCUAUCUAUCUAUCUAUCCCGAUUUCUUUAUGUUUAUCUAAGUCGUUUUAUUUAUUAUUUUUGUUUUAUCUAUCUAUCUAUCUAUCUAUCUAUCUAUCUAUCUAUCUAUCUAUCUAUCUAUCUCAUUCUGUUCAAAUCUAUCUAUCUCAUUCUGUUCAUAUCUAUCUAUCUAUCUAUCUAUCUAUCUUUCUAUCUAUCUCAUUUUGUUCAAAUCUAUCUAUCUCAUUCUGUUCAUAUCUAUCUAUCUAUCUAUCUAUCUAUCUAUCUAUCUAUAAAUAUAUAUUCGGGAUUUACUUCUUCUUUUUUUUUCCUGACACAUUCUUUCUUUUUGUCCGUCUUUUGUGCAUUUUUUUUCUUUUUUUUUCUUCUACUUUGCAUCGUAAUUGAUUUCUUCUUCUUCUUCUUCUUCUUCUUCUUCUUCUUCUCCUCCUUCUUCUUCUUCUUCUUCUUCUUCUUCUUCUUCUUCUUCUUCUUCUUCUUCUUCUCCCCCCUCCGUUUUUUUUUUCUCACACCGACAUUCUUUCAUUCUUUCUUUCAUUUAUUUUGUUCUUUCUCUCUUUAUUUCCUGUAUAUGUGUUUGUUCUUUCUUUCUUUCUUUCUUUCUUUCUUUCUUUCUUUCUUUCGUUCGUUCGUUCGUUCGUUCGUUCUUUCUUUCUUUCUUUCUUUCUUAUUUUGGCCAUUUACCCAUUUUUACUUACUCUCUCUAUUUUUUUCUUUCUUCUACGAUGCCUUCAUUUUCCUCUUUUUCGCUUUCUUUCUUCAUAGCCAACACUUUCCUACCGAUCCAACACGUUCGUAUUUAUUUAGGUUUACUUAUCUCUUUCAAUUCUUUCAUAUAUAUAUAUCUAUCUAUCCAUCUAUCUAUCCAUUUAUCUAUCUAUCUAUCUAUCUAUCUAUCUAUCUAUCUAUCUAUCUAUCUGUAAUUUCUCAUCUAUCUCUCCCUGCCUGUCUGUCUGUCUGUCAUUCGUGUCUAUUUAAGUAUGUUCAUAUGUUAUCUGUUUCGGUUCUUCUAUAUCUAUCUAUCUAUCUAUCUAUCUAUCUAUCUAUCUAUCUAUCUAUCUAUGCUCAAUGUAUCUAUCUAUCUUAA